AUGAACAACUCUUAUAAUUUGUGGCCCGUCAUACUCAUUCCAUACAACUUGCCACCUUGGUUGGUUAUGAAGGAUCCAUUUUCUUUGAUGUCAUUACUUAUUCCUGGAGAAUCGCAACCAGGGAUUGAUAUUGAUGUCUAUAUGCGACCAUUGGUGGAUGAGUUGAAUGAUUUAUGGACGAAUGGUGCAUUGACUUACGACGCCUACACCAAUGAGACUUUUCGAAUGCCUGCAACUUUGUUGUGGACAAUACAUGAUUGGCCUGCAUUUGUAAGACGGGGUACACUAACCAUUGAUGUGCCUGAGGACCACCCAGAAAGGCGAAAGAGUAGGGCUUACAAUGGUAAGAUUAAGAAACAGAAGAGAUCUUUGGAGUUGCCGACGGAAAAGACACAAGACCAGUUGGACAACGUGACAGGUAUUGAUGGAAAGAACAAGGAUACAUACAAGGCACGGUUAGACUUGGAAGAUAUGGGUAUAAGGAAAAAGCAAUGGCUAACACAACGACCUGAUGGAUCAUAUGUCAAGCCUCGAGCAAUCUUUUCAUUGACACCUGCAGAAAGGGAGGGUUUCUUUGAAUUUUUAAAAACUGUCAAGUAUCCAAAUGGGUAUGCGGAAAACAUAUCCAAAUCAGUGAAUGCAAGAAAUGGUAGACUAACAGGCCUAAAAAGCCACGACUACCAUGUACUAAUACAAAGAAUUAUUCCCAUUGGAAUGCGUGGUUACGUGGAUAAAGAAAUUAGCACUACACUUUUUGAGUUAGGCAAUUUCUUCCAAGACCUAUGCUCUAGGACACUAAGGCGAAGCGAACUGGAGAAAUUAGAGGAAUGUAUAAUACAAAUUUUAUGCAAGCUUGAAAAGAUCUUUCCUCUAGCCUUCUUCGAUGUGAUGAUCCACUUGGCUGUUCAUUUGCCUCGUGAGGCUAUUCUUGGAGGACCUGUACAAUAUCGAUGGAUGUACCCAAUUGAAAGGUUUCUUGGAGCAUUAAGAAAAUAUGUGACCAACCAAGCUCGACCAAAAGGUUCAAUUGCCGAGGCUUACAUUGUCAAAGAGUGCAUUACUUUUUGUUCAAUGUAUGUUGAUGGGAUUAAAACCGUGCAUAAUCGACCAGAACAGAAUGAAGAUCGCGGUGAACGUCAACAAGGGUUGACAGUAUUCGCAGAAAUUGCACGUCUAAUUGGUCUAAUCACACGAGAUGCUGAAAUGUCUCAAGAAAUUCGUGAUAUUGCUCAUUGGUUUGUGUUGUACAAUAGCCCAGAGAUUGAAAAGGAACACAAAAAUCUAUUACAAACUCAAGCUGGACAUGACAUAACCCACAUACAACGACAAGAAUUUCCCAAGUGGUUCAAAGAGAGGAUAAAUAGAUUGAAAAUGGAAGAGUCAUUAGAGGCAACUGAUGAAUUGUGGUCAUUAGCAAAUGGUCCUAAUUUGCUAGUGGAAGAGUACUCAGGAAGAUUGCAUGACUUCUAUGGUCACUUGUGCAAGGUUUUGGAAUUUGACUACAUAUGUGGUAAAAAGGUUGUUUUGUUCCAGUGUGAAUGGUACAACACUGGUAACACUGGUAGAAACAGAACAAUACAAUUUGAUACAUAUUGCAUAAGCAUUGAUGUCACAAGUCGGUGGUACCAAUCUGACCCAUUUAUCCUACCUAGUCAAGCUAAGCAAGUCUUCUAUCUGAAUGAUACCAAAUUGGGUGAACCUUGGAAUGUCGUACAAAGGGUACAACAUAGGUGUGUCUUUGAUGUUCCAGACACUAGUGAUGGAGAAUUAUUGGAUCCUUUAGAAAAUAAUGAUGUGUUCCAACAAGAAAACAUUACUGAUGUUGUUCCAAUUGGCAUUGACCCAAUUGUUCGAUACUGCAGGGAUGAUGUUGAAUUCAAUGUUAUUUCGGAAGUAGGGUCAUCAGAUGCGAUAAUGGAAGAGAAUAGAGAUGAUGAAGGAGAUGAAGAACAUAGUAUUCCUAAUGUUGAUAUGGAUCCUGAUAUGGAUUAUGAUAUGUAA